AUGAAGGGAGAGGACAAGGAGAAACAGAAGUCCUUGAGAACCUCCGUCGCCGAUUCGGAAGCUAUUAGGCUGCCGACUCUGAAGGAGCUGAUUGGCUAUCCGACUUAUUACGACGAUCGUACUGCUACGACGUCGUCAUCCGUACUCUUGCACUUGUUGCGUAACGUGGACAACGAUAUUAGCCGGCAGAACGUCGAGAAGUUGUUGAGAGGAACAGAUGAGUCGCAAGACGAUGAAAAAGAGAUCGCCCAGUCAUCGAGAGAUAUAAUUGAAGAAACCGACGAUUCGUGGCUGCAACAAGCCUCGGAAAACAGAGCGAGAUCUCGCACUUUAAGAAAGGACGACGUUACAAACUUUGAUGAACGAGUUUCAGUCACGAACACUAUUCAAGAAGACGAGACUAAACAAAAGACAUCUACCAAUUCGGUAUAUUUGAAACCAACGACAAUGCGCGGCAUUUCUCUCGAUAGUCUGAUUUCCAGUCCGGUAAUGCGUGGAUUUUACAUCACCAGGAGCGAAAAUGUAUCAUCGAUAUUGGAUAGUUCAACGCCACUUUACACAACGACUGAUAUUCCCGUUGAACAACAGACGGAAACCAUUUUAAUUUCCAAUGUUUCUAUACCUGAUGAGACUGUUCCUGUCGCUUAUAAUGAUCAGAUUGAAUUAGGACCUAAUAUUCUCGACGACAAUAUCAUUAUCGAUAAAAAUAUCGAUUUUCGCGAAGAGGAAUAUUCUGUAUCCAAUUCUUCAAUGACUUUCUCAAAUGCUGAGAUUUCAAAUCACGAAAAAUCUGACUUAAUUACAACUCUUGUCGAUGGGCCAACGGCCAAGAGAGAAAAAUUGUUGCCUAAUUUUGAUCAUAUGACGCCACUUUUUAACUCUUUCAUCGCAUCUUCGACAACGUCGACAAGACGAAAAAUUGCCGUAAAUAGAUACAACGAAACCAUCACGCCGUGGACGGGCAGACGUAUAGUGGCAAAGAAAAGAAAUAAGACUACUGUUUCACCAAUCAAGGACGCUAUAAGACAAACAGAGAGCGAUUCUAUUUAUGCCGUGACGAACACUUUAAGAAGCACUUCUCUAACUACUGAGGCUUCGACUUUGCCUUCAAAAAAUAAACUUCCUACGGCUUCGACCAUAUCAACAACUUCUCUAACGGUGUCCGAUGAUUUCACGGCAUCUCCUGAAAUUUUAAGCGUUUACAAUAAUCUUGAGAAUUCUAAUGCCAAAACUGAAGACUCGGAAAGCAAUAUAACUGAGACAGUGACUUUAACAAAUUCAAUAAUCGCAGCGACUCCUUCAAUUUUCAAAACUAUUCCAUCAAAUGAUGCCACAACUGCUGAUAUUUCAACGUUUUCAGAUGAUUCUACAAUUAUGAAUAUUCCUGUCAACGCGUCUGUUACGACAUCAUCGACGAUAGCAGUUUUAAAAGCACCCACAGUUGCGGCUGAACUUACCAUAAUCUAUACACCCACAACUAUAAGUACUGAAGUUGAAACUACUUCAAAUUAUUCCGUAACUGAUAAUUCAAUAAUUGAGAAUGUAAUUCUGACUGAUCCCGCAACUACGAUUACACUUGCAGCAAAUACUGAAAGUGAAAUUCCUUCUACAAAUGUAAAUAUAAUUCCGGAGACUACUACAAUUGUAACCAAUCAUGUAACUACAAAUACUGGAGUCGUACCUAUAUCCAUACCAGUAACUGUUAAUACGCAGGAAAUUGUAAAUAAUUCUGCAAAUAUGACUGCAGUGCAAAUUACAAAUGCUAAUAUUGGCAUUACUUCCUCAAUAACAAAUUAUUCCACAGAUGCAAUUCCAACAACUAUAAGUACGCACGAUGUUGUAAUUGAUUCUACAACUUUGGUUACAGCUGCGAGUGCUGAAACAUUUUCCAUAACUAAAAAUUAUUCCACAUUCACUACAGUUGAGAAUGUUACGAUUCCCGUUACUACUUCAUCAUUAACAACAGUCAUACCUUCAACUGUGAACACGCAACAUAUACAUGCAACUACACCCAUGACAAUGAAUAAUCUCGCAGAUAUAAAUACUGUAACAACAAAUAUAAUAACUACCCCUCUUAAUGCAAUUAUUCCAACGACUACUGAUCUUAAUGUAAUUACAUCGUCUAUAAAUACAAACAUUCCUUCCACUUCUUCAACUAGCGAGAUCUCGCCAAUUACGAUUCGAUCUAAAAAUAAUUCUGUGCCUUCGCCCAAGGCUCUCAUUACGAAUACAGACAUAACUUCAACAAAUUCAACUGUUUCUACAAUUUUAACGCCUGAAUCCUCUACAAUACAUCUCGCAAAUUCAAGUAAUUUUAAUAUUAGCAGCAAUUCCGAUAUAUUAGCCGUUACAACAAUUGCAGAGACUAUUGAAAUUCCCAUAACGUUCGAAAUUCCUUCAACAUUUACUUCGACAGUGACUGCAUAUUCAAAACCUCAUUCUAGUACAAAUUUCGAAGCAUUAUCUGUUGUAACAGCUACAUUGUCAACCCAAGGGGAUGAAAAUUCCUCGACUCCAGUAAUCACUCAAACUCCUCCAACCCCCCUUUCGAUCACAACAUUAAUUACUAACAAAUCGACUGUAGCUGUCGAAAAAUCUACAGCUUCUACGACACCCUUUGCGACUACUGGCGAACUGAUUGCGAUAAACUCCACUAUUCGAACAACUACUGACACUUAUCAAUCAGAUUCGAUACGAGCAAUAAGUGAAGAGUCUUUAACGCUAGAACAGAAGACAGAUUUUAAGGAAGCUACGUCAAUGAAAACACAAAGUCAAACUGAAGAUCAAACAAUUGCGACCAUUAGCAAAUUGAGUUCUGCUCAAACAAUGAGGAACGAAUUUAUAACUCCAGAAAUAAAGGUAUCAGAAGAAACUAUUUCAAAAAUUACAGAAAAUCAAAAAUCGAAUCAAACGAUUUUGGAACUCAAUACAACCAAUUAUCAAUUCAGUCAAAAAACUGCUAAACGUCGCGUUUUAAAUCGAACAAACAAUUGGCUUGGAAGCCCUACAACACUACAAAGAACUAAUGAAUAUCCUCGACGUCAGGUUAUAUUGUACCGUAGACGAUCACAAAAACCUGCUGCUCAUAUUUCGUCUUCAAAACCGAUUGAGAAGAAUCGUAAAAGAAGAAUACAGAAAAGAAUUAGAACUAAUUCUGAAGCGUUCAAUAAUACUAUUAGAUCCGAUCAAGAUACUGUUGAUGUUCAAAAUAUUACUAAUCAUGCUUAUGAUCAGGUGAAAAAUAUGAGAAGAAGGAAAGUUGUACUGAAGAAAAGAGUCAAGGAAGAAACGAAUACCAUUUUACCCAUAGAAGAAACAACAGUAUUUCUUCAAACAUCUACCAUUAUUGAAAAUGAAACACUUCCAACUCAUUAUGAGAAUGAAAAUAUUAAAGAAAAACAAGAAGUUAUAUUGAAACAAUCUGAAGAAAGUUUAUCAACAACAAAAAACAUCAGUACCAAUUCUAGUUCUGCUAAUAAGAGUUUUCCAGAUAAUAUUCAAAAUAAUCUUUAUGUAGCUAAGGAUUUUUCUAAACUAGAAAAUCCGAAAAAUAAAUCCGAGGAAAAGAACCUAAUCGAAGAAGAGAGGGUAGAUUUUGAAUCUAUCAAUACAAAUCUGCGAGAUAAUUUUCCGAAAAGUACUUACGCAGAUAAGAAUUUUUCUAACAAAAGAAUUGCAAGAAGAAGGAUGAGAGUUGUAUUGAAGAAUGUCAGAAAAAUUGAAGAGAAGAAUUCCACGACUGAAGAAACAAAUCCUGAUUUUGCCAAUAAAAAUUUUCAAAAUAAUUUUUUAAAUAAUCGUAACAUAAGUCAGAAUUUUUCCAAUGAGGAAAAAACAGAAAGAAAAAUGAGAGUUGUAUUAAAGAAAAUUAAAUCUAAAUCUGAAGAAGAGGAGACAAAGACUGAAAAAACCAAUACAGAAGAUGAUUUUACCAAUGAAAGUCUCCAAGGUACUUUUUCUAAUAAUUUUUACAGCGCUAAGAAUUUUCCCGUUGAAUAUAGGACUAGAAGAAGAAUGAGAGUUGUAUUAAAGAGCGUUAAACCUAAGACUGAAGAAAAGAAUUCAACAGUUAAAGAAAUAACUGUAGAGCCUGACUCUAUCAAUGAAAAUCUUCAAGGCACUUUUUCAAACAAUUUUCACGACGCUAAGAAUCUUCCUAUUGAAUAUAGGACUAGAAGAAUGAGAGUUGUAUUAAAGAGCGUCAAACUUAAGUCUGAACCAGAAAAGAAUUCAAUAGUUGAAGGAAUAACUGUAAAUCCUAAUUUUACCAAUGGAAGUCUUAGAGACACCUUUUCAAAUAAUUUCCGCAAAAAUUUUUCUGUCAAACAUGGAACUAGAAGGAGAACGAGAGUUACAUUGAAAAGCAUCAAGCCUAUAUAUAGAUCCGAGGAAAAAAAUUCAACAGUUAAAGAAACGAGUGUAUAUUCUGAUUCUAAUUUUUCUGAUAAAGAUUUUCAAGAUAAUUUUUCAAGUAACCUUCACAAAAAUCUUUUUAAUGGAGAAGACGCACAAAGAAAAAUGAAAGAUGCAUUGAAAAGUGUCAAACCUACAUCCAAGGAAAGAGAUUCAGUAGCUGAAGAAACAAAUAUCGAUUCUGAUUCUGCUAGGAAAAAUUCUCAAGUACUUAACACGUUUCACUUUUUAAGUAAUCUUCAUAUGGGCGAUAAUCUUCUCAACAAGAAAAAAAUGAUGAAGCAUUCUAAAUCCGAGGAAGAGAAGGCGAUGACCAAACAGCCGGAAGACACGGAGUCGCAGAUCACGAGGACGUCUGUUCCGGUCGAGAAGGAUACUGAUCGAUUCUCGCUCGAGGUGACGAACGGUAAAUCGAUUAAUCGCAACUCAGAAAAUGGACAUUCUAAUAGACGUAGGAAACCGACGCCGUUCACAACGAUCGCUCCGCUAACCAACACCUUAUCGAAUACCAUUCAUCGAAGACGUAGACCGGUUGAGACCACAAUAUCAUCGAGGAUAGAUUUCGUCGACGCAUUCGAAGGCACCGAAUCCUAUGUUAAGCCGGCUGCCGUCUUGCAUGAUCAGAAUGCAGACGUGUCUGAUCAAAGCAUCCGCGCCCAAAAAUUCGCGGUGACGCUAUCGGAUCCGCCGUCCUCAACGUCAGACAUUGGUACAUUAUAUUUGCUAGAAACCACGCCAUCCGAUUUUCUAAUUCUUCUAAUCUGAAGUCCAUAUACUAAGUUCAUCAUAUACUUCAUUCUCUUCACGGACUACAUCGGGUAGCUAUGCGUUUUUAAUGGCAAUCGAUUUAUUUCAAGACCGUCGCGGCCAGCUUCUUCGUUUCGGGGUCAUUUCUGAUAAUUGUUUAACGACGACCCUAAUAAUCUUGUCAUCUCGACUUACGUCAAAUCAUAUGACGCUAGCUAAUCGUUCAAAAGACUGUCUUCUUAAAAAUACGGAAUCUUCGCGAUAACGUCAUCAUUCAAUCAAAUAAUUCAUUCAUUACGCAUAUCUUUUUCAUGAUUUUCGCUUCUAUCGUCUGUUUUUUAUUCUCUAUUCCUUUUUCGAUUGCGCAAUUCCGCGAUUUACGCGGCUCUCUUCCGAAUUUAUCUUAAUUAAUAUCAGCCGUUUAUACUAAUUCAAUUGUUAAUUUCCACGCAUACUAUCAAUAUCGGCUCUUUCUCUCUUACGGCCAUGUUUAUUCACAAUUUGGCUUUGCUAAGCGAAUUAAUCACUAAUCGUUAAGAAUUCAUGCCAUUAUCGACAGACUGGACAGUACAUGACAUGAAUCCUUCAAUCGAACUAUG